UGAAGGUACUUAUUCUAUGUGUUUAUAAAAAUCGUGAGGACGAAGUCCAGAAGUCCCUUCCCUGGAAACUUCGUCGAGAUGGCUGAACGGCUGAAGACCAUCCGCAACCACCUGUGUCAGAGCAGAGUUGCUCUGCCGACGACACACGAGACAACAGCCCAGCUGUCGAUGCCCAGUGAUCAGUUUGAGUACACAUUACAGUCACCGUUACUUAGCAAUGAACAACGGGCAGCUUACGAGAAAGAUGGAUUCCUGGUCAUCAAAGGACUAGUUCCUAAAGAGGACCUAGAGAGAUAUAGGGCCCAGUUUGAGAAGAUCUGUCGUAAUGAAGUCAAUGUUCCUGGUAUCACCAUCAUGCGUGACAUCACCAUCGCCAAGACGGAGUAUGUCGCUGAUCAGAAGGCCAUAACAAAAGUUCAGGACUACCAGAACGACGAGGUCCUCUACAGCUACUGCACCAAACCAGAGAUUGUCGACUAUGUGGAAGCCUUCGUCGGUCCCAAUGUCAAAUCUAUGCACACCAUGCUCAUCAACAAACCACCAGAUCCAGGCAUGAAGUCAUCCCGUCACCCCAUGCACCAGGAUCUGUACUACUUUCCCUUCCGACCGGCCAAACGGGUUGUGUGUUCCUGGACCGCCAUGGAGAGAGUGGACAGAAAGAAUGGCUGUCUGGUGGUACUGCCUGGUACCCAUAAAGGGAAAUUACUGAAGCAUGAUUACCCACAAUGGGAGGGUGGUGUUAACAAAUAUUACCACGGUGUUCGUGACUACGAUCCCAAGGCCCCCAGAGUCCACCUCGUCAUGGAACCAGGAGACACUGUCUUUUUCCACCCACUGUUGAUCCAUGGGUCUGGCAUGAACAGGACAGAGGGGUUCAGAAAGGCAAUAUCCUGCCACUACUGUAGCAGUGACUGUCAUUUUGUGGAUGUGAAGGACACAGUUCAGCAAACCAUUGCAGAUGAAAUUGCAGAAAUGGCCAACAAGAAAUACGGCAUUGCUAAGGAAGAUGUUGACUUCACGGCGAUUUGGAAAAUGAGAAGCAGAGACAUCAGAGGGACCUCAACAUGGUGAAGUGACCCCAAGAACAAUUGUACCUGCCCACCCUUAAAACUACAGUAAACUGGUCUAGAUCAGAGAACAGAAGAGUCUAAAAGCCAGGAUGGUGGACAAAAAAUUGUGAAACUUAAAUUAUGUAUCAUAAAACAGUGAUUUGUUUCUGAUUUUGUUGAUUAGAAGAUGGUAAACAAACUCAAUACAUUUCAACAAGACUUCUGAUGCUGACACUUGAAAAUUGUCAAUUUGGAAAUAUCUGUGACUCAAAGUUCACCAAACGUUUUCUGAUGAAAAUGUGCCUGUGUCUUUCAUAAUUUAAUGUGAUGUGAAACAAUGGUUAUCUGUACUAUCACACUGACUCGCUUUAUUAAUUGAUGCAAAGACGUCUGAUGACAGUAUUUCAUAAAAGAAAUGAUAAAAAUGGUCCAUAUGUUGUGUUGUCUUCCCGUUCCCAGAAACUAGAAACCAGUAGUGUGAAUGUUGACAAUGUAUGACCGGAAGUGAAUGCUACAGGAAAUAACCACUACAUUCUAGAAGUAUGACUCUUGUCAGUGUAUAAUUGGAAAUCAGUUCUGUUUCUGUUGCUGUUCAUCAAAGAUAGUUAGGCUUUAUUCCUCAGAAAAAACCCAAAUGAUAAACACCAUAAAGCAUGUCUCCAAAGACUUGUGCAGUUAUUUAAAAUGUUAAUACCAUUUCAUUUUUUUUAUUUAGAGAAACCUUAAUCAUAUUGGAUUUUGUGAGUGUAAAACAAUAUCCCCAAAAAUCUAUUGUUUCUCUGUCCAACUUUCUUUAAUUUUCCUAUCAAAACAUGACAUACCUAAAUAUGUAUUUUAUCAUUACCCAUCACUGUUGGUAAUAACUGGGGGUUAUGAUUGAAGUUUUAAUUUCAUACAGAAUGUUGUAUCAUUUUACUGUUACACUCAUGCAAGUCGAUGUAUAUGCCUCUGUACCAUUACCUCAAAAACUGACGAGAAUGAUGAUGUAUUUGUGAAUUGGGCCAGUUAACAUGAUGUAUAGUAAAUAGGGAUAUUUUUUUGUAGGUACCUUUUUGCAGAGUUUCUCUAAAAUAUUGUUAUUCAAAAAAUUGUAAACAUUAAAACUGAGAAUUUGUUUAAUGAUUGGUGAACUUGUACAGAAAAUGUCAGAUAGGUAUUACAGUGCCUCUACAGCAGUGGGACUGGGUACCUGAUCAAGUGAAUAUCUGCUUUAGUGUUAUAACCUUGGACCCAUCUGUUCAAAGUUUGGUUUGCUUAAAGACAACUUAACACAAAAUUUAAACUAUCAUUAUAUCUUCAAUGUUGAAUUGAUCAUCUACUGAUAACAAACACUAAAAUAUUGUAAAUGUUUACAUAGUUCUCAAACAUCUUUUUUUUUAAUAUUUGCGUGAACAGCUGGUUAAGCUAACCAGACUUUGAACAGAUUAGUUCAGGGCUCUAUAAUAUAAUGUAUUGUUAGUUUGCAGUUGUAAUUUAUUGAUAAAAUAAUGAUGUGAUGAAUUUGUUAUUAAAG